ACUUAGCUUCCACCGUACAAUUUAUAUCAUAAUGCGGUGUGAGAAUAUAAACUAAAAAACCAAACGUAAAUAUAUAAGUUGAAAAAGGAUGAGCGGAGAGGGAAAGGCGGUAUGUGUGACGGGUGCUUCCGGCUUUAUAGCUUCUUGGCUCGUCAAGCUUUUGCUCCAACGUGGUUACACCGUCCACGCCACCCUUCGCAAUCUCAAGAAUCCAAAUAAGGUGUCACAUCUUCUUGCAUUGGAUGGUGCCAAGGAAAGACUGCAUUUGUUUGAAGCCCACUUACUUGACCAAAAUUCUUUUGAUCCUGCAAUUCAGGGAUGUGAAGGGGUUUUUCACACAGCAUCUCCUGUAAUUACUACACCAUCAGCGACUAAGGCAGAACUAGUGGAUCCUGCAGUAAAGGGGACACUAAAUGUUCUUGAAUCAUGUGUAAGAAUACCUUCUGUGAAAAAGGUAGUGGUGACGUCUUCAAUGGCUUCUAUUAUGUGCAAACGAAAUCCUAUUAGUCCAACUGAUGUAGUUGAUGAGACUUGGUAUACAGAUAAAGAAUUUGCAGAAGAAGCAAAGCAAUGGUAUUUCUUGUCUAAAGUCCUUGCAGAGGAAGCUGGAUGGAAGUAUGCAGUGGAGAACCGGAUUGACUUGGUUUCUUUACAUCCUGCUCUGGUUAUUGGCCCUCUUCUCCAACCCACUCUUAAUUUUUCAAGUGGAGUCAUUUUAGAUCUCGUAAAAGAAGGUAAGAAAGCAUUACCUACUGGAAUCUAUCCUUUUGUUGAUGUUAGAGAUGUCGCAAAUACACAUAUCCAAGCAUUUGAAUUACCUUCUGCUAGUGGAAGAUACUGUUUGGUUGGGAUAACAAUUUACUCUUCCCAAAUUUUGAAGAUUGCAAGUGGGCUUUUCCCUUCUCUUUCCAUUUCUGACAAAUAUAAAGAUGACUUGCCUACAGUAGCAACCUAUCAAGUAUGUCAGGAAAAGGCAAAAAGCUUGGGGAUCAACUACACUUCUUUUGAUGUGAGCCUUAAGGAUACUAUUGAAAGUUUAAAAGAAAAACACUUCCUCGACUUCUAAUUCGUGAGCUUCUUCUCACUCACGUGGAGCCAUUGAGAGAUGCACGUUUUAAGUGUUUAGUCUUUGUGGAGUAGUAUUUAGCUGUAAUUUAGUAUUGAAGUGUGUCUUAAAUUAUUAUGUUAGCUAAAAACUCAACUUACAUCACCUUAUUGUCAAGAUUAUAUCUACUUUUCUAUUAGAGC